AUGGCCAACAUUAACGUGAUGGAUCUGAUCUACUGGAAGGACACAGAGCGUACAGGCAUGGUAUUCACAGGGCUAGUGGUGGGUUUGCUGUCCUUGUUCCAGCUCAGCAUCAUCACAGUCGUCUCCACCAUCUCCCUGGGCGCCCUGUGCUUCACCGUCUCAGUCAGCCUCUACUAUAAAAUCCUCCACGUGCUCAACAUGGGAGACGGAGUGCCCCCCUUCAAGGCGUAUCUGGAUCUGGACAUUAGUUUCAGUGGGGAGCUGGCGGACCAAUACAUGCAGAAGGCCAUCGUUGCAGUCGUCUCUGCUGCUAACUCACUCAAGAAUCUCUUCCUGGUUGGAAGCCUCUUCGACUCUCUCAAGCUCCUGGCUCUGAUUUACCUGGUGACCUUCCUGGGAGACCUGUGUAAUGGCCUUACUGUGCUCAUCAUGGGUGUGAUCGCUCUAUUCUCUCUACCGCUGUUCUACAGGCAGCACCAGGCAAAAGUGGACGGCUUCUUUGCAGGAAUUCAGGCAAACGUUGACAACGUCAAGGACAUUCUCCACAGAAUUGCCCAAGGUGGUGGCCCCGCCGCUGACACAACCCCUGGCGGUGCCAAGCCCAAAACACAAUGA